AUGAUCGGUGGUCUGAACUACCUGACGGCCUUGGACUACAUGACGGCUUGUAGAUUGCAUCCCCAAGAGACCGUGUUGUGCGUGAGGAGUCUGGUGCCAUGGAAUUACAGAGGACUGCUGCUCACAGUGCUUCUGGAGCAAGGAAGGGUGAUGCUGGAGGCGACUGGGACAGAGCGGUCGCCAUCUUGUGUCAGUGAAAAGAAGUUGAAGGAGGCAGAGGAGGAGGCGAGCAAGAAGGACAAGCACAAGUCAGGGACCCCGGCAGGAGUGCAGUGCUUGGCUUCUCUUCUCUCUGAGCUGCAGCCUGCCUCAGACGGCCCUCAGAUCCUCAGUGCAGACUCUCUGUACCAGCUGGGCCGAGUGGAGGAGGCCUAUCGUCUGCUGCUGUCCAUCGGCUCCGGAUCCCCCAAAGCCCCAGUCCUGGCCCGACUGGCUCUGCUGCAACUGCAUCGGGGCUUUCUCUAUGACACCAAUCAGUUGUUGAAAAAGCUGAUCCAGUGCGGCGACACAAGCUGCUUGCGCCCCCUGCUGGCCGUGGCCCAUAAGAAAGAUCGGUCUCAGCUGCAGAAACAUUGUCACUUUGUCGCCAAACGAAUCCUGGAGAGUCUGAGAGAAGAGAACAUGAGAGAAGCAGUGGCCUAUCUGUCCAUCGGAAUCAUGGCUUCUGAUGAAGAUGCCUCGGAGUCGCUGCUGGAGAGAGCUCGGUGUUACGCCUGUUUGGGCCAAAGAAAAACCGCCAUAUAUGACUUCAGUGCCAUUUUAAAAGAUAAACCCAAACACGUGCCAGCACUGUGUGGCAGAGGCUUCACCUUCCUCAUGCUCAACCAACAAAAGGAAUGCACUCAGGACCUGCUGGCUGCUCUGCUCAUCUACCCUGAUGAAGUGAGCAAAGACAUCCUGUGUUUGAAGGAGAAGGCUCGCAGACUGGUGUGCAACUGGCUGCAUGAGUUCUGCCUUUGUAAACUGUCCCAGACUCUGUCCUGCCACGGCCUCCUGCUGCCAGAAGAAACACUGAGAGAGGAGAGUGCGGUGUGCAAAACCCUGCUGGAAACAGAAAGCAGGGAUCCAAGAUGGCACCUGCUGUCUGUGGAUCUGCUGCUGGCCAAAGGUGAUUUGAAAGCAGCCCAUGCUCAGUUGGUGCAGGUUUUUGGGCAGGAUCCUCGAGAUGCCGUGGCUCAGGGGCGACUGGGGGUGAUGGAGGCCUGGGAACAGAAGUAUUGCAUCGCGGCUGUGAGACUCAGUAAACUCAGCGACAACCACACAGAGGUGCUGGACUCACUCCUGCAGCUCAUACCUCCCAACCACAGGAAGCGGACCGCCAAGGCAGCAGCAGCAGAAGCAAGCAGAGUCUCCUCCAGUGGCCAGUGGGACCAGGCCUUGUCCCUUCUCACCGUAUCGGUCCAAGCCAUGGGUAACCUCAAACUUCAGUACCUCCGCCAACGGGCCGCAUGCCUGGCUCAACUGGGACUCCACCACCACGCCGUCUCCGACUUGGACCGAGUCAUCCUGCGCCACCACACGCCCCCUACUGGUGAAGAUGAGCUCAAAAUCCAGACGGAGGACUUGUGCAGGCGAGGUAGGAGUUUGGUGCUAAGCUCAAAAGACAGUCCAGCGUUGGAGGAUUUCACCAAAGCUCUGGUACUGCACCGGGACCAAGCCGUGGGAUGCAUAGAGUCUGGUUUAGGCCGGAGCAAAGCGGUGGAGUGCUUCCUCAAGGGGGCGCUACAACAGUACGGGGAACAGCGAUUGGACAAGGCCUGGACGCUGGUUGAAUGUGGGUUAGCGGUGGACAGUGAGAACGCAGAGUUAAAGAGACUUAGAUCAAGGGUGAAGAGAGAAGUGGCCAGUCCCUGUAAUGUGAAUUAG